ACUGGAAAUCGGACGCAUCCGGAGGAGGGGCUGGGAGGCGGCCCGGGCACCGCCAAUGGCCGGGCCGGGCGCCGGGAAGGUCGGCGAGCCCAGCGGCCGGUUAAAUACCCUGGCAGCCCCGCGCCGCGCCCGUACCCGCCCGCGCCAUCCGCCAGCCGACAGCUCUCUGAGCCCGCCCGGGAGGCAGCCGCGCGCAGCGAGCCGGUGGCGCAGGUGUCGGGGUCCCGAGCGCGCUGCCUGGGAGCAUGAUUGUGGACAAGCUGCUGGACGACAGCCGCGGCGGAGAGGGGCUGCGGGACGCGGCGGGCGGCUGCGGCCUCAUGACCAGCCCACUCAACCUGGGCUACUUCUACGGCGCGUCGCCGCCCGCCGCCGCCCCGGGCGCCUGCGACGCCAGCUGCUCGGCCUCGGGCCCCUCGGCGCCCGGAUCUCCCGGCUCCGACUCCUCGGACUUCUCCUCCGCCUCGUCUGUGUCCUCCUGCGGCGCCGUGGAGUCCCGGCCGAGAGGCGGCGCCCGCGCCGAGCGCCAGCCAGUUGAGCCCCAUAUGGGGGUUGGCAGGCAGCAGAGAGGCCCUUUUCAAGGUGUUCGGGUGAAGAACUCGGUGAAGGAACUCCUGUUGCACAUCCGAAGUCAUAAACAGAAGGGCUCUGGCCAAGCUGUGGAUGAUUUUAAGACACAAGGUGUGAACAUAGAACAGUUCAGAGAAUGGAAGAACACAGUAUCACAUGGUGGGAAAAGGAAAGGGCCCGAUUCGUUGUCUGAUGGACCAGCUUGCAAAAGGCCAACUCUGUUGCAUUCCCAAUUUUUGACACCACCUCAAACACCAACGCCUGGGGAGAGCAUGGAAGAUGUUCAUCACAAUGAAGCCAAACAGGACAGCAGUGCUGAUCUGCUUCAGAACAUUAUCAACAUUAAGAAUGAAUGCAGCCCCGUUUCCCUGAACACAGUUCAAGUUAGCUGGUUGAACCCCGUGGUGGUCCCUCAGAGCUCCUCUGCAGAGCAGUGUCAAGACUUCCAUGGAGGGCAGGUCUUUUCUCCACCUCAGAAAUACCAACCAUUCCAAGUCAGCAGCUCCCCACAAGUGAUAGACCAGGCUUCCCUGUACCAGUAUUCUCCACAGAGCCAGCAUGUAGAGCAGCAGCCGCACUACACCCACAAACCAACUCUGGAAUACAGUCCUUUCUCCAGACCUUCCCAGUCCCCCACUUACGAACCAAACCUCUUUGAUGGUCAAGAAUCACAGUUUUGCCCGAACCAAAGCUUAGUUUCCUUUCUUAAUAAUGACAGCGAAUCUGAGAAUAUUGCUCAUCCCGUUCUGACUUCCUCCAGUGUUCAGCAGCAAAAUGAUGCUCACUUGCACAGCUUCAGCAUGAUGUCCAACAGCCCCUGUGAGGCCAUGGCGGGGCACGAGAUGGCCUCUGAUGCUUCAAACACUUCACUGCCAUUCCCAAACAUCCCUGGAAAUCCAAUGAAUACCAUACAGUUAGGGAAAUCAUUUUUUCAGUGGCAAGUGGAGCAGGAAGAAAGCAAAUUGGCAAAUGUUUCCCAAGACCAGUUUCUUUCAAAGGAUGCAGAUGGUGACACGUUCCUUCAUAUUGCUGUUGCCCAAGGGAGAAGGGCACUUUCCUAUGUUCUAGCAAGAAAGAUGAAUGCACUUCACAUGCUGGAUAUUAAAGAGCACAAUGGACAGAGUGCCUUUCAGGUGGCAGUGGCUGCCAAUCAGCAUCUCAUUGUGCAGGAUCUGGUGAACCUGGGGGCGCAGGUGAACACCACAGACUGCUGGGGGAGAACACCUCUGCAUGUCUGUGCUGAGAAGGGCCACUCCCAGGUGCUUCAGGCGAUUCAGAAGGGAGCAGUGGGAAGUAAUCAGUUUGUGGAUCUUGAGGCAACUAACUAUGAUGGCCUGACUCCCCUUCAUUGUGCAGUCAUAGCCCACAAUGCUGUGGUCCAUGAACUCCAGAGAAAUCAACAGCCUCAUUCACCUGAAGUUCAGGAGCUUUUACUGAAGAAUAAGAGUCUGGUUGAUACCAUUAAGUGCCUAAUUCAAAUGGGAGCAGCGGUGGAAGCGAAGGAUCGCAAAAGUGGCCGCACAGCCCUGCAUUUAGCAGCUGAAGAAGCAAAUCUGGAACUCAUUCGCCUCUUUUUGGAGCUGCCCAGUUGCCUGUCUUUUGUGAAUGCAAAGGCUUACAACGGCAACACUGCCCUCCAUGUUGCUGCCAGCCUGCAGUACCGGCUGACACAAUUAGAUGCUGUCCGCCUGUUGAUGAGGAAGGGAGCCGACCCAAGUACUCGGAACUUGGAGAACGAACAGCCAGUGCAUUUGGUUCCCGAUGGCCCUGUGGGAGAACAGAUCCGACGUAUCCUGAAGGGGAAGUCCAUUCAGCAGAGAGCUCCACCGUAUUAGCUCCAUUUGCUUGGAGCCUGGCUAGCAACACUCACUGUCAGUUAGGCAGUCCUGAUAUAUCUGUACAUAGACCAUUUGCCUCAUAUUGGCAAAUGUAAGUUGUUUCUAUGAAACAAACAUAUUUAGUUCACUAUUAUAUAGUGGGUUAUAUUAAAAGAAAAGAAAAAUAUCUAAUUUCUCUUGGCAGAUUUGCAUAUUUCAUACCCAGGUAUCUGGGAUCUAGACAUAUGAAUUUGAUCUGAGUGGUAACAUUGCCUUCAAUUAACAGUAGCUUGUGAGUAGGCAAGGACUUUGAUCUGUGGCACAAAACAUUGUUAAUAUUUUCAAAGCAGGUACAUUGUAAAUGUUUCUUUAAGAAAAAUGAAAGCGUGUGAAAGGAAAAAGGUAAAUACAGCAUUGAGGCUUCAUUUGGCCUUAUGCAGUCCCUGGGAGUUACUGGCACUGGACAGGCUUCAGUCAUUGGACUAGAAGAAAGGUGUCCAUGGUUAGAAUUUGAUCUUUGCAAACUGUAUAUAAUUGUUAUUUUGUCCUUAAAAAUAUUGUACAUACUUGGUCAUUAACAUGGUCAUAUUUGAAAAUGUAUAAGUCAAUAAAAUAGAAAAGAACAAGUGAAUUGUUGCUAUUUAAAAUUUUUUUACAAUUCCAAGGAGUUUUUAUUGUGUAAUCACUAAGUCUUUGUAGAUAAAGCAGAUGGGGAGUUAUGGAGUUGUUCCUCUAUUGGCUGAAAGAUAUAUUUGAAUUGUAAAGAUGCUUUUUCUCAUGCAUUGAAAUUAGACAUUAUUUGUAGGGAAUUGCAUGCUUUUUUACCUUCCUGAGACAGGGUCUUGCUCUGGCACCCAGGUUGGAGUGCAGUGGCAUGAUCUUGACUCACUUCAGGCUUGACCUGGACUCAAGUGAUCCUCCCACCUCAGCCUCCUGAGUAGCUGUGACUACAGGUGUGCACCACCACACCUGGCUAAUUUUAUUUUUUGUAGAGGCAGGAUCUUGCCACCUUGCCCAGGUUGGUCUUGAACUCCUGAGCUUAUGCCAUCUGCCUGCCUUAGCCUCCCAAAAUGCUGGGAUUACAGGAGUGAGCCACCAUGCCCGGCUGGCAAUUGCAUGGAAGAGAACACCUCUUUAUGGCUUACUCUUUAGAAUUUCUGAUUUACGUGUUCUGUUGAAAUUUUUGUUUUUUUUACCUUUAUAGAAACAAAAAGUCAAUAUUGAAACAUGUCUUCCUGUCCUGUUUUCUGUUGUCAAAUGAUGAUAAUGUGCCAUGAUGUUUUACAUAUAUCAUUCAGAAAAAGUUUUAUUUUUUAAUAACAUUCUAUUAACAUUAUUUUGCUUGCCACUGGCAUGCCUGAGGAAUGCAUUUGGCUGUGAUUACACGCUAAGUUUUUAUAAUAAAUUUGACUCAUUAAAAACUUUUUUGUUUUUAAAAUCUCAUUUGUGACUAACUUAUGUUUGCAGCUGAGUACUUAAAUUCUUUUUAAAAGAUACCCUUUGGAUUGAUCACAUUGUUUGACCCAGUAUGUCUUGUAGACACAUUAGUUAUAAUCACCUUGUAUCUCUAAAUAUGGUGUGAUAUGAACCAGUCCAUUCACGUUGGAAAAACUGAUGGUUUUAAAUAAACUAAUUCACUAAUA